GGAGGUUAUAAAAGCUUUUGAAACUUUCUUUUCGUGGCUGUCCCUUUCGUUCUUCGACACAAUAACAUUAAUCCUCAAUUCUUAAUACCGCAUCAUAGCCUUUAUCUUAACAACUUUUAUACGCACCUACCUAGGAGGCAGAUAAUCCUCAAAAUGCGCGAUUGUGCUUCUUGCCAACGCAGCCUGCCUCGAUCAUCAUACACAGCCAACCAGUAUUCUCUAGGCGUCGGUGUAUCGCGGUGUGCAGCCUGCGUUCAUGGGCACCGCAACGAUACCCCAUCUGCUGGUAAUUUUGAUAGUGGCAGAUACAACAUCUCCAGUUCUGCCGACGUCGAGAUGUGGGAUCUCGACAACCCCUUCUCUGAAGGUUCAUUCCGGUGGGUCGCUAAGGGAACCUACACCUCAGGCCCUCGCCAUGGUCAGCCAUGCGUUGUAAAGUGGUUCAAGACAGGUGCCGUCUUCGAGGCAGACUACUUCACUCUCGACAUUAAAGCCGCUGACAAGGCCUUGGAUAUCGUUAACAAAUUUAACGAACUCAAUAUAAUCAAUAAAUCCGUCAAAGUCAACGUACCUGCGGUAUGGAAAUUCCAGAAUCCCUCCAAAUGGGCAGGUCAACAUGUACUAUGCGAACCUUUUAUCCAGAACUAUCAAAAGUUUAAUAGCAACAGCGGAUGGUUUGAUGAUUCAAUUCCGUGGGGAGAGGCCAUGCAGGCCCUCAGCCACUUCAGCUAUCACAUCUCGGGCGGCCAGUUCGUUCUGUGCGAUAUUCAGGGGGGCGUUUAUCAGCACGAGGUUGUCCUCUCCGACCCGGUAAUUCUGUCGCGUAAUCGCGACUAUGGUGUGACUGACCUAGGUCCCGUCGGCAUCAGCUCUUUCUUCAGCCAGCAUCGCUGUAAUAACUUCUGCCGCUCAAACUGGAUGAAGCUGUCAAGUCCAGUUCAAAUCUUCCGACCUGUCGCUCGCACGACAAUGAUGAGACACACGGUGCCCACCCGUCAAUCGCGACCAGAUUCAACCUACCUAUACAAUUGA